UAAUCGCCCUCGCAAAAUUUCCCCUGGGAACUCAGGAGAACCUGAAGCAGGGCUCUGCUUUAACUCCACGGAACCCCUUCGAUCUCCUAUUAUUGCCAUUUCUCCCUCCUAAUCCCCUCUACAAUUGUUAUUCAACGCUGCUUAAGAUUCUUUCCAGUGAUGUCUUCAUUGCUGAAGAGAAAAUCCCUAGAUGGUGCGACUCCAGACACUCCCAUACCACAUAAAUCGCACAGGAGGGACGAACCGAUCUUCAUCGAUGAACCUGUGGCCUGCCUGCACGACGUCUCUUACCCGGAGGGCUAUGUCGCCUCUCACCCAGGACAUCCCCGCACUGCCGAAGGUAAUACAAAGCCGGCUAAGGAGUUCCCCUUCGAGCUCGACCCCUUCCAGUCCGAAGCUGUUAAGUGCAUUGAAAAUGGCGAAUCCGUAAUGGUAUCUGCACAUACAUCAGCUGGAAAAACUGUUGUUGCAUUAUAUGCUAUCGCCAUGUCACUGAGAAACCAACAACGGGUUAUUUACACCUCUCCAAUCAAGGCUCUUAGCAACCAGAAAUACAGGGAGUUUAAGGAGGAGUUUUCUGAUGUUGGCCUCAUGACAGGUGAUGUCACCAUUGAGCCUAACGCCUCUUGUCUGGUAAUGACCACUGAGAUUUGGAGAAGCAUGCAGUACAAAGGGUCAGAGAUAAUGCGGGAGGUGGCCUGGAUCAUAUUUGGGGAAAGAGGUGUUGUGUGGGAAGAAAGUAUUGUUAUGGCUCCCAAGAACUCUCGUUUCGUUUUCCUUUCAGCUACGGUGCCUAAUGCCAAGGAAUUCGCUGAUUGGGUUGCAAAGAUCCAUCAUCAGCCCUGUCACAUAGUUUACACAGAUUAUCGACCAACACCCCUUCAACAUUACAUUUUCCCUUCUGGAGGGGAUGGUUUAUAUUUGGUGGUUGAUGAGAAUGGAAAGUUUCGUGAGGACAGUUUUCAGAAAGCUUUGAAUGCUCUCGUUCCUGCUAAAGAAGGGAAUAGAAAAAGGGAUUUUGCGAAAUUGCAGAAGGCAUUGCUGGAAGGAAAACCCAGUGAGGAAAGUGACAUUUUUAAGCUGGUGAAAAUGUUAAUUCAGCGCCAGUAUGAUCCUGUUAUAUUGUUCUGCUUUAGCAAGAGAGAGUGUGAAUUCCUUGCAAUGCAGAUGGCAAAAAUGGAUUUGAAUGAUGACCAAGAGAAAACUAAUAUAGAAACCAUCUUCUGGAGUGCAAUGGAUUUACUUUCUGAUGAUGAAAAGAAGCUUCCCCAGGUUUCCAACAUUCUACCCUUGUUAAAACGGGGUAUCGGCGUGCACCAUUCUGGUCUUCUUCCUAUUCUGAAGGAAGUAAUCGAGAUACUUUUUCAAGAAGGCCUAAUCAAGUGUUUGUUUGCUACAGAGACCUUCAGUAUUGGUUUGAAUAUGCCUGCAAAAACUGUUGUGUUCACGAAUGUUCGUAAAUUUGAUGGGGAUAAAUUCAGAUGGUUAUCCAGUGGGGAGUAUAUUCAAAUGAGUGGUCGUGCUGGCCGUCGAGGUAUUGAUCAGCGUGGUAUUUGCAUUUUGAUGGUAGAUGAAAAAAUGGAGCCUUCGACUGCAAAAAUGAUGUUGAAAGGAAGUGCUGAUUUCUUAAAUAGCGCCUUUCACUUGAGCUACAAUAUGCUAUUAAAUCAAUUACGCUGUGAAGAUGGUGAUCCAGAGAAGCUUCUUCGACAUUCAUUCUAUCAGUUUCAAGCUGACCGGGCUCUUCCUGAUCUCGAGAAACAAGAGAAGAAAUUGAUAAGAGAGAGGGACUCUAUUGUCAUAGAAGAGGAGGAUAGCUUGAAGGACUACUACAAUCUAUUGCAACAAUAUACAAGUCUGAAGAAGGAUGUCCAUAAUAUAGUGUUUUCUCCGAAGUAUUGUCUACCAUACUUGCAACCUGGCCGGCUAGUGUCUCUCUUGUACGAUAGUAAUGACAGAAGGCCCACAUUCCUCAAACAAGAACAAGUUACAUGGGGGAUAAUAAUCAAUUUCCAAAAGCUCAACAGCCCAGAUGAAGCUGUGGAUAAAAGGCCUGAAGAUUUACAGUACAAAGUUGAUGUCUUGACGAGAUGUGUGGUUUUUAAAGAAGCAGGAACAAAGAAGUCUGUUAAAAUUGUUCAUUUAAAAGAGCAGGGAGAGCCUGUUGUGGUAUCGGUGCCUCUUUCACAGAUUGAUAGUUUGAGCAUUGUUCGUCUUUACAUACCCAAAGAUCUCAUACCGUUAGAAGCUCGAGAGAACAUGCUCAAGAUUCUGACGGAAGUCCAUUCCAGAUUCAUGAAGGAUGGGAUUCCCCUUUUAGAUCCUGAAGAAGAUAUGAAAGUACAAAGUAACUCGUAUAGAAAAGCUGUCAGAAGGAUAGAGGCCCUAGAUAGACUAUUUGAAAAACAUGAAAUCCGAAAUUCUCCACUUAUUCAGCAAAACCUGCAAGUAUUUCACGAUAAACUGGAAUUAUCAGCGAAGAUCAAGUCAGUCAAGAAAUCAAUGCGUUCUUCCACUGCCUUGGCCUUCAAAGACGAGCUCAAGGCACGCAAAAGGGUUCUACGAAGAUUAGGGUACAUUACUAGAGAGGAUGUUGUAGGGGUGAAAGGUCAAGUUGCUUGUGAGAUUAGCUCUGCUGAUGAAUUGACGCUAACUGAGCUUAUGCUGAGUGGUUCAUUUAAGGAUAUGAGUAUUGAGGAAAUGGUGGCUCUUCUCGCAUGUUUUGUUUGGCAGGAGAAGCUCCAGGAUGGUCCAAAACCAAGGGAAGAACUGGACUCUCUUUUCUCCCAGCUACAAGAAACAGCACGGAGAGUUGCCAAUGUGCAAUUAGAUUGCAAGGUGCAGAUAGACGUUGAAAGUUUUGUGAAUUCCUUUCGCCCGGAUAUCAUGGAAGCUGUUUAUGCUUGGGCGAAGGGAUCAAAGUUCUUCGAGAUAAUGGAGCUGUCCUCAGUCUUUGAAGGUAGUUUGAUUAGAGCCAUCAGAAGGCUUGAGGAGAUUCUGCAGCAGCUGACUUCUGCGGCCAAAUCAAUCGGAGAAACCCAACUGGAAGAUAAGUUCCAGGAGGCUGUCAUGAAGAUCAAGCGUGAUAUAGUUUUUGCUGCUUCCUUGUACUUGUAGCCCAAUAAUCUUAUUUUAGAAGAUGCAACCCAUCAAUUUUGUUUUAAUUUAAUAUUAAUUUUAUUAUUAUUUGACUUUGUAGCUCUUAACUUGUAACAUAAAAUUGUUGUUCUUUUGCUGCUGUUGUAAUCAUGAUGAACAAGCA